UCCACGCCUGUUGCUCCCCCCCCAUCCACGAUAUCCUCCCUUUGCCGCCAGCAAUGGCUUCCAAAUUCUUUCCCGCCGUCCCGCGGGUCGGUCGUCAGUUGUUCCAGACUGUCCCCAAGUCCCAAUGCAGACCCUUCUCGGCUGGUCCGCAACGAUUGAGCGACUCCCUUGCCGUGCACCGCAACAAGCCCACCAACAACCCGUCCCUCCCCUUCCAGUUCUCCGAGCAGAACCUCAGACUCGCCGAUGAGAUCCUCAAGCGCUACCCUCCCCAGUACAAGAAGGCCGCCGUCAUGCCUCUGCUGGAUCUCGGCCAGCGCCAGCACGGCUACACCAGCAUCAGCGUCAUGAACGAGGUCGCCCGGCUCCUCGAGAUGCCCCCCAUGCGUGUCUAUGAAGUCGCAACCUUUUAUACCAUGUACAACCGGGAGCCGGUGGGCAAAUACUUUGUCCAGCUCUGCACAACGACACCAUGCCAGCUGGGUGGCUGCGGCAGUGACAAGAUCGUCAAGGCUAUCACGGAGCACCUUGGCAUCACCCCCGGACACACGACUGAAGACGGUCUGUUCACUUUUGUCGAGGUCGAAUGUCUGGGUGCCUGUGUCAACGCUCCUAUGGUUCAGAUUAACGAUGACUACUAUGAGGAUCUCACUCCCGAGUCCAUCAAGACCCUUCUUACCGCGCUGAAGGACUCCUCGGCUGCCACCGAGGCCGGCAAGCCCGUCCAGGUGCCUGCGCCCGGACCUCUGAGCGGCCGAGAGAGCUGUGAGAACAGCGGUGGCAUCACGAACCUGCGGGAACCCGUGUGGGACCCCGAGACGAUGAUGCGCAAGGACGGGGCCUUGGAUCAGCAGCAAUAAAUUCCAGAUAAUUCUCAUAAUUCAAGCGAAGGGAGUUUUGCCUGUCUUCACCGUGUUCUUUCUUCCUGGUUGGUAGUCACGGAACAGGGACCGCCAGGCGUCGAUUCUGUACAGUACAUUGUUCCUCAUCUUCUUUCUCGUUUACUCUGUCGUCGAAGUCCAAAAUUCUCAGACCACGGUGCACGGUGAUCCAUCUGCCUUAGAAGAGUUUGUUUAGCAGUACCCAAUUUCAUUUGUAUUCGAU